AUGGCCCAUCUUACGCACCCGUGGGUGGCCAUACGCCGGCCGCGGAACCUUAGGCGACAACGAUGGAUUGGCGGGGUCGGCUUUGUAGGAGGCAUACGGCAACAGUGCAGUUGCGGGAAGCCACAUUCUCGAAAUUUUGAUCUGUGUCUUUUGUUCCCUCGACACAGAUUUGGCUCCAGCCGGUUUAAUACCGUGUUCCUGCUGUUGUUCCGCCUGUUUUAUCACGCAGGAACCUUCGAAGUCUCCCACACCGGUUAUGCCAAACGGCUCUACCUUCCGCUCCUGCAGGAGGCUGCGUCGAAGCCUUUCGAGGAAGUGACCAACGAGAAGCCACUUAUCGACCCGGGAAACCAAGGGCUUCCAAUCGUCUUCAAGAACUUCAAACGCUUCUCGACGAAGGGAUGGUUGGAGACGUUGCUUCAAGAUCCUGCCGAGUUCAAGAAUCUCAAGGUCAAUUCGAUCACGUGGAUUAAGGCUCUCGCCUCCCCGUUCUCUCACGAAUUCAUUCAGUUCAUUGUCGAGGACUCUGUGACCGGUCAACGGACGCGGAUUGCCGCUGGCCGGGAAGAAACCGGAGACUGGGUCCUCGUGGGCUGGAAUUGGGCUUCAGGGGACACGCCCUCCGACCAUUAUAACCUCCCGCUACCACUCCUGACAGUCAGUUUUGACGACCCCGACAAGCGACCGGACUUGCGAGCGCUGGCUUACGUGCUAUCCGCGACUACCGAAAAGCAUCCUGCAUAUAAAUUCCGCAGAGAAAUGUGCUGGUGGUACGCCGAGACUGUGUUGGAGGUGAUGCAUGAACAGUUUGGAGGCAAGGUCAAGGAAUGGGAGUGGUCGAGGUAUCGAUAUUCCUUCAUCGUCAAGACGAGCUUCAUCAGGCGUCGAGUUCUGACUCGGCAUGCCGAGUUGUUCAAGCGGCAGCUGGCCGAGGAGAUGAAUUACUAG